AUGGGGAAUUUCGGAUUUCUAAUGAUUUCGACUUUUUUGGUUCUGAUUGCAACUCUCCUCCCUUAUUCUUCGGCUUCCACCACUCGUCGAUUUCAUUUUAAUGUCGAAUGGAAGAAGGUAACUCGAUUGUGCCACACGAAACAACUUUUAACGGUGAACGGACAAUAUCCGGGGCCAGCGGUGGUGGUUCACGAAGGUGACACCGUAGAGAUCAAAGUGACUAACCGGAUUGCUCAAAAUACAACAAUCCACUGGCAUGGGUUAAGGCAAUACCGUACCGGUUGGGCCGAUGGACCGGCUUACAUAACGCAGUGUCCAAUAAGAUCGAAACAAUCAUACACAUAUCGGUUCAAAGUGGAAGACCAAAGAGGCACACUCCUUUGGCAUGCUCAUCACUCAUGGCAACGAGCCUCCGUCUACGGCACCUUCAUCAUCUAUCCCCGGCAGCCUUACCCCUUCUCCGGCGGCCACAUUCAAUCCGAAAUUCCCAUUAUACUCGGCGAAUGGUGGAACGAUGAUGUGGACAAGGUGGAGACGGAGAUGAUGAAAACAGGCGCUGGGCCGAAGAUUUCCGACGCUUACACACUUAACGGCCUUCCCGGCCCACUUUACCCUUGUUCUACCAAAGAUACUUUCACGGCGAACGUGGACGCGGGAAAAACAUACAUCCUCCGCAUAAUCAACGCAGCUCUAAACAACGAGCUUUUCUUCGCCGUAGCGAAUCACACACUCACCGUGGUCGAGGUUGACGCGGUUUACACCAAACCGGUUGAUAUCAAAGCAAUCAUGAUCGCUCCCGGUCAGACCACCACCGUCCUUCUCCGCACCGACCAAAAAUCCGGCGGCGAAUUUCUCAUCGCCGCAACUCCUUACGUCACUUCCGUCUUCCCCUUCAACAACUCCACCACCGUCGGCUUCCUCCGCUACAGCGGCAAGAGCAAAUCGGUAAAUUCCGUUAACAGACGGCGAUUGACGGCGUUGUCGACGCGCGCGAUGCUCCCGGACAUGCUCGACACGAAAUUCGAGACGAGAUUCUCCGAUAGCAUCAAGAGCCUUGGAUCGGAGAAGUAUCCGUGCAAAGUCCCGACGGCGAUCGACAAGCGCGUGAUCACCACGAUCAGUCUCAAUCUCCAGGACUGCCCGCCGAAUCGGACCUGCGGCGGCUUCAACGGGAAAAGAUACUUCGCGUCGAUGAACAACAUCUCGUUCGUCCGACCUCCGAUCUCGAUCCUCGAGAGCUACUAUAAGAAACAGAGCAAAGGGGUUUUCACGCUCGAUUUCCCGGAGAGUCCACGGAACAGAUUCGAUUUCACCGGCGUGAGUCCGGUGAAGGAAAACAUGAACACCGAAUUCGGGACGAGGCUGUUCGAGGUCGAAUACGGAUCGAGAUUGGAGAUCGUGUUUCAGGGGACGAGUUUCCUCAACAUCGAGAACCAUCCGUUACAUGUACACGGGCACAAUUUCUUCGUCGUGGGAAGAGGAUUCGGGAAUUUCGACGCGGAGAAGGAUCCGGCGAGGUACAAUCUGGUGGAUCCGCCGGAGAGGAACACGAUCGCGGUGCCGACGGGAGGUUGGGCGGCGAUCAGGAUCAACGCGGAUAAUCCAGGAGUUUGGUUUAUUCAUUGUCAUCUCGAAGAACAUACCUCCUGGGGAUUGGCCAUGGGGUUUAUCGUUAAAGAUGGACCUCUUCCUUCACAGACUCUGCUUCGUCCUCCUCAUGAUCUUCCUAAGUGUUGA